AUGACAGAACUACAUGCUCUUCAGGCUAACAGAACAUGGUCUUUGGUUAAGCUUCCUUCAGGCAAGCCUCUUUUGUGGGUUGUAGAUGGGUUUACAAAGUUAACUAUAAGGCAUAUGCUUGAUGUGGAUAAUUCCUUUCUAUAUGGAGACCUCUAUGAUGAGGUUUACAUGAAACCUCCACCUGGCAUGCACAUUUUUUAUCCUAGCCUUGUAUGUAAAUUGCAAAAAUCAUUGUAUGGAUUGAAGCAAGCUAGUAGGCAGUGGAAUCAGAAGUUGUCUUCUACUCUCCUUCAACUUAAUUAUGUUCAGUGUACUUCAGACUAUUCCUUGUUUGUCAAGAAAACUGCUUCUUCUUUUACAACAUUAUUAGUUUAUGUUGAUGAGGUUGUACUUACUGGAAAUAAUUUAGCUAAAAUCAAUUCAGUCAAACAGCAGCUUCAUGAUCAAUUUCACAUUAAAUAUCUGGGUGAUUUGAAGUUUUUCUUAGGCUUUGAGGUUGCAAGAUCUAAGGCUAGUUUGGUUUUUAAUCAAAGGAAGUAUUGUUUGGAAAUCCUUUCUGAAUUUGGUCUUACUAGUUGCAAGAGAGCCAAUUCUCCUGCUAAUGCUUCUGUUAGAUUGAAUUCUGAUGAAGGAGAUCUUCUAGAAGAUGCCACUUCUAUCAGGAGACUUAUUGGAAGACUCCAUAACUUAGCCAAUACUCGACCAGACAUUGCUUUUGUUGUUCAACAUGUCAGUCAAUUUGUUUCCAAGCUUAGAACUCCUCACUUACAAGUUGCUUUAAGGAUUUUGAGACAUUUGAAGGGAUCUCCAGGCUUAGGCCUAUUCUAUUCUGUUGAUAAUGACUUGAAGAUCCAAGUCUUCUUUGAUUCAGAUUGGGCGAUAUGUCCAGUUAGCAGAAAAUCAAUCACUGGUUAUUGUAUUUUUCUUGGAAAAUCCUUGAUCUCUUGGAAAGCUAAGAAACAAACCACAAUUUCUAGGAGUUCUACUGAAGCUGUGUAUAGAGCUCUUGCUUCUCUUGCUUGUGAAUUAUAG